UUCAGAAUGGCAGCUCCAAUCCGUAGCAGAGUGACAGAGGCUGAUAGACGCCAUUUUGAUUUCGUGCAAAUGUUGCAACGUAUAUCGGAUGAACUGACAAUGAACGAAACGUACCUCAUAAAGUUGUAUUGUAGCCAUGUGAUUCCAAAGGGUAUUGCAGAAAGACUUACUCAAGCGCUCGAGGUUUUCCACAAGUUAAUAGAAAUGGACAAGAUAGACCAGGAGAACCUGGACUUUCUUGAAGAGAUCUUGGACAGAAUGGGGCGACCAGACCUGGUGAGGGACGUUCUGAGGCCGUUCCAACCGCCUGACCGAGAGAUUCCGGAAAAUCCCGAACUAGAACCGGGAACAAGCACUGAUGGUGCAAGCUCUGGUGCAGAAUCAGCAAAUGCCUACUUGGUCGUUCACGGCCAAAGACACAUGAUCCAGGAAACCAUAGAUCGUUAUCGAUACAAUUUACGAUCACUAUGCGGAACUAGAAGGUCACAGAUCAAGUUCAGAGGUUACAAGAAAGGCAGAAGCAUUCUAAUGCACUACACCAUACCGCGGAAGAGCACAGCGGUGCUGAGGCUCAUGGCGAAUCUCUCUGACCCACGACUUGUAUUCAUGGGCGUCACGUUACUGCAGAUCGACGCUCAGCCACCAAUCAAAGUCGCACAGGGACCAAUUGUCAAUGAUAUUAAAAAACAUCAAAUCGUCGAUGACAUCGAGGUGGGUUGCAGUAUCCGCACCAAGCAGCAGAGGGCGCCCAGAAACUGGACCCGCCUGUCCGCUCUAAACCUGUUCUCAGACGCCCUGCCUCUCCAUCUGCAGGUAGCCGCGAGUCUGGAGUACCAGGGCUUCUCCUAUAGCCUGGUCCAGGCUCUGGUGUUUAAGGAUCAGCUCAGAGAACAAGAGAUGAAGAAGAAGGAUCAGCUCAGAGAACAAGAGAUGAAGGAUCAGCUCAGAGAACAAAAGAUGAAGAAGCUCAUUCAAAAGGCAGAAGUGGAUUCCAACACGAUCAUGACCUUGCGCUCCAAGCUGACCAUUUCAGAGAACAGGUUGAAGGAAGCUCUAGAGGCGAACGCUGUCCUUGAAAAGAAACUUCAGCAGGCCCGUGAAUACACCGAGAAAGCUGCUAAGCAGGUCACCUCUCACGUGACAGAGUACAGGGGAGAGAAGCCUCUUGGCGGCUGGUCGGCACAAUUUGAGAAGGCAGAUGUUGAGAGACACCUAGCGGCUUACGAGGGCACUGCAGGGGAUGAAGUGGAUUCGGGUGAAACCGCAAGAGAAGAAUCGACUGCAAAGGACGCAGAGAAGAGCACGGAAGGAGAUAAAAAGGAGAGAGACAAACUUUCCACGCAACAACCCGAUCAAAAGCAACCCACGCUAGUAGAAGCAGGGGGAGCAGCACCUCGUACUACUAGAGAUUCUAGGCAGGGUAAGAUCACUUACGGCGGGGCGGGAUCAGAACCCGGGAAAUUUCGGCUUCCGCGCGGCGUCGUGGUGUCGUCUAGUAACGAGAUAUUUGUGGCUGAUAAAGCCAACAAGCGAGUCCAAGUCCACACCACAGAGGGGAUUUACCUCCGCCACUUCCCAACGGUCGUACCGGGUACAGAGGACAAGGACAUGGUCCCACAUGAUGUUUCUAUGGACGGUAACGGUACUCUGUGGGCAGUGGGGCGUGGUGAAUCAGCCGAUCAUGUUGUACAGUACAGCACGGACGGGACCGCCAUGACACAGUUUCACCUUCAGAAGAGCAGGUACUCACACGGCGGUAUUGUGCUGGACAUGCGCAAUAGUCACAUCCUGGUAACUGAUGCAGAACGUGGUGAAGUUGAGGUGUUCCUUCCGGACGGCUCUCUGGUGCGGAGGUUCCGACAUCCUGGGGUCGGGCCGAGAGUCUCGAUUUACAUCACUGUGGACGGGGAAGGGAACAUCCUUGUGUCGGACUUUUUCACUCAUUCUGUCUGCAUGUAUGACGAGUCCGGGAAGUUCCUGCUGAAAGUUGGAGGUGAGGGAAGCGUUGAAGGUCAAUUGAUGUCUCCCUGUGGCAUCUGUACAGACAGCUCGGGUCACAUCAUCGUGGCGGACCGGAGGAACAAGAGGGUACAGAUGUUCACACGUCACGGCGAGUAUGUCCGGGCCAUUGAGACUGGGUUUAAGCCAGAAGGCGUGGCCGUGGGACCGGAAGGGCAGCUUGUGGUGACUGAUUAUUAUGGCAAUACAGUGACUGUAUUUCCUAGUUAUCUGUGA